CGUGCCCUCCCGUCUCUACCGCCAGAUGUGAACAGUGCCAAUUUCGUGCUACAGCAGCCUUACUUUCGGAUUGGUCAAUAACCAAGCGCUUGGUUCUUCAAAGCACUGAGAGAGUUACUACGGAGAAACCUAGCGAGUUACUACCGAGAAACCUAGCGACUCUCACCAUCAAAGACCGCGAACAGCCUAUUUCAAGGGGCGUGGAUAAGAGCUGAGUGAGUGGAAUGGCCGGGACUGUCGUUGUUUUGAGUCAAACUCGCUGUGCUGGGCCCCACAGCCUGGUACUGUGUGGGUGCUAACAGAGAGGAACAAAGCAUGUGGACCACGUCUGCCAUGACAGUCAACAUGUCUGAGGCUGACCCAGACCACAUUAACUGCACCAUCAGCCAUGAGAUCCACCAGUACCUGUUCUCUGUGGCCUACAUCCUGGUUCUUUUGAUUGGCGUUCCCACCAAUGCCUACUCCCUCUACCAUGCCUGGCUUCAGCUGAGAGACAAGAACGAGCUGGGGAUCUACCUGCUCAACCUGACCGUGUCAGACCUCCUCUACCUGGCCUCUCUGCCUCUCUGGCUGCAGUACAUCUUCCAGGGAGAUGACUGGAGACAAACUGAGUGGCUUUGCCAGCUGUGUGGCUUCCUGCUCUAUGAAAACAUUUAUGUUAGUAUCGGAUUCUUAUGUUGUAUCUCUAUAGACCGUUACCUAGCCGUAGUGUACCCAUUCCGCUUCACAGCUUUUCGAAGUAUGCGGGCAGCCACGUUGGCCAGUGCCUUCAUCUGGCUGAAAGAGAUUGCUGUGGGUGUUGUCUUUUUCAAACACAAGGAACUAAGCAGGGACAGCACCAACCAAUCGGUGUGCUUUGAGCACUACCCCAUGCAGCCGUGGGAGUACCCAAUCAACUACUACCGUUUCGCCGUUGGCUUCCUGUUCCCACUAGGCAUCCUGUCCGUGUCGUAUCUCCGCGUCCUGCGGGCGGUCGGAAAAAGCGUAGGCACGCAAAGCACCCAGAAAACGCGCAUCAAGAACCUGGUGACCAGCACCAUUGUCAUUUUCCUGGUGUGUUUCUCUCCAUACCACGUGUUCCUGCUGGUGCGUACCAUCUUGGAAAGAGACUGCCCCUUCAUAAUCAACAUCUUCAACUACUACCACGUCUCCCUGCUGCUCACCAGCUUCAACUGCGUGGCCGACCCAGCGCUGUACUGUUUCGUCAGUGAGAGGGCCCAGCAGGGGAUCCAACAAGCCCAGGAGGCCUGUACUCAGGCCCUCUGCUGCUGCUGCCACAGGGGACAGCACAGCCCCGUCACAGCCACAGGUACAGAUUCCGAGGUGGCCACCUCCAACGAGAACAGAAAAGUCUCAGUCACACUGCUGACAUCUAGUAGUAAUAUUAAUAAUACAUGGGUUUUAUGAAGCUCUUUUGAAGGACCUAAAGACACUUGAAUAGUAGACUAGGAGCUAGGGUUGGAUUUAGAUGAGCGAGAAGGUCGGGGAAAAAAUACAUAGUGACAGGACAUUGGACAUGAGACAUUGGGCAAUGAUAUGAUUAUGGGCAGUCCCAAGAGCAGUAACAUGUGAAGUUCAUAGGAGCCCAUCAAAUUUGCUGUCAAAUGAAAGCUAAGAGUC